GAAAUAAGCCAUGCAAAACAAAAAAAAAAAACUUAUCCUUCUCUCUUCCUUAUGAUAACAACAACGUGAGGCUCUGAUUCAUUCUCUCAUGGCACGUACAAGACUUCUUCUUUUUCUCUCUCUUAGAACACAGAAAAUAAUAAAAAUUAAAAUAAACAACAAUAAUAAAAAGUUAUGUUGAAGAAGAAGAGGGUAGUGAUUAAAGACAAAGAAGAUAAUAAGAGAGAGCUUGAGAUUAUGAAAGCUGUGGCUCAAGCUUGGUACAGCCAUGGCGGAAGCAGUAGACCCUUGAACGAGUUCGAUGCCAGAAAGAACAGCUUUAGAGGCAGUUGGCCUUCGAGGUUCAAGCUUGAAGCCAUGAAGAAGAGUAGUAUGUCAUCAUCAUCAACAGCACCUAAUAAUUACUAUAACAAGAGUGGUGCUUAUGAAAAUUCAUCUUGGGAUUUCGGUCAGUCUCUUUGGGAUUCUUAUGAGAUUGUCACUGUCUCCAAAAGGUUAGAGACAGGCAUUUGUAUCCAUUUCACCAUCAAAUGACAUAUUUGAAUCGAUGACUACUCAAGGAAUUUGGUACCCAGAAAGUGGAGUAAGCUGUACCAUACACACAUAGGAUUCUUCUUUUGUCACAUACAAUACAAGGGCCUAGCUAGUGGAAAUGGUAAAAAGGAAUGUUAUUAUUCUCAGUACAAUAAUUUUGCAUCAUGAAAAGUUGUUCUUAUUCCCACCAGAACUUUUGCUGGUUGGUUGUGUUGUGUAAUCCUUUAAUACCCUGCAAUAAGUUUCUUAACUCUGUUACAUACGUA